AUGCAACCUGGCACGAUAUGGUGGCCUUUACUAUGCUUAAUCGGCAAAAUCACUGCCCAGGACCUCAGGCAGUUUGACAGCGAUGAUCGGAAAGUGAUGCGAAUCUUCGGCUCCGCAUCACCAGCUGGAGGUGGAAGGCAAGACGAUGCCGGGGAGGUCGUCGACAAAGAGAGCAUCUACCAGCAAGGGCAACACGGCCAAUUCCUACAAUUCCUGCGUCGAAUCGGUUACGACAGAGGUCAACAUCCGGAAAAUCCGGAUGGAGAACCCGUCCUGGUCACCAUCUCGCUCCUAAUCUCCAAUAUCCGCUCGGUGAGCGAGAUCAACAUGGACUACUCGCUGGAGAUAUUCUUCCGGGAAACCUGGCGGGAUUCCCGGCUCGCCUACGGCCCCAACGACUUCAACAAGGGCUUCCACAAAGCACGCGCUGGCUUGCAGACGAUCAUCUCGUUGCACGAGUCGUACGCCGACUUCUUGUGGCGACCCGACACUUUUGUGCCAAAUGCCAUCAACUCGAAGACGCCGCGGGAUGAUAGUUUUACGCAUCGCUCCUUGUACAGGCUAACCGACAAUGGCACUGUCAUCACUAGUCGCCGAAUAUCGCUGGUGGUGGAAUGUAGUUUGGAUCUUACGAGAUACCCAUUCGACAAGCAGCUGUGCAAAUUAGGGCUAGAAAGCUAUGGCUACACCGCCAACCAGAUCACCUACAACUGGGCGGUCGAUAAGAACCCGUUCGAGAUGUACCCGAUUAAACUGCCCGAUUUUGAGAUAGAAAAGGCAUAUGCGACGAAACGGGUUGUCGAUUAUACUACUGGAAGUUACACCCGAUUGUACGCUUGUUUCCUAUUCUCACGCUCGGCGGGGUAUUGCUAUCUGCAGUUGAUCGUACCUUCCGUAGCCAUAGUUAUCACGGCAUGGCUGAGUUUGUGGCGGGAGAGCGAGUCUUCGUUUGAGGACAUGAUCACGAUCCUGAUGUCCAUCAUUUUCUUGUUGUACUCUUACAACAGCGUGAUGCCGCGAGUUAGCUACAUCAAGGCCAUGGAUAUCUACCUAGGCGUUUGUUUUUCGAUCGCCUUCCUCGCCCUCAUCAAACUUUCCAUAAUGACGUUUGUCAAGGUGCAGAUCAGCAGGGAAAACGCUUCCGCCAAUGGCUACAUCCAGGUGAAUAAGGACCCGCCGGCCGAGGAAGAACCCGCGCAGCGUUUGAGGCGCUGGAUAUUUUCAGAGCGGUGUAUGCACAUUUUUCACGUCUGCACACAGGUGGGCCUAUUCUUAUUCUUCACCGGCUUCUGCACCUUUUUCUUCCUCGUCUACCCGCGAUUGCCGUACCAUAUUGAUGAUCCGGAUUGUGAUCCACUAAUUGCCGUCGCGAGCGCGGUCAAAAUU